GAUUCUAUUCUAGGUAACUCUGCCUUUUCCUUAUUUGCAGGGGGUGAAAUCACAAAACCCAAAUUUGCCCAGUAUUUUCGUGGCAGCAUAGCUGGGCUCACCCUGCGCCCUGGCAAAAUAGAGAGCCAGAAUGUUAUUUCCUGCUGGCAGGCCUGCAGAGAAGGACUGGACAUCACUGCUCUGGAAAACUUAGGACAAGGUGUUAAGUACCAUUUCAACCCUUCUCAGUCUAUACUGAUAAUGGAAGGUGAGGAUAUUGACAGCAUCAACCAAGCUCUUCGGAAAGUUUCAUACAUCAACUCUCGGCAGUUUCCAAACACUGGCAAAAGACGGCUGAGGGUGUCAUCCAAAGUUCAGUGCUUUGGAGAAGAUAUCUGUAUCACCAUUCCAGACAUCGAAGCAUAUGUUGUGGUUCUUCAGGCUAAUGAACCCAAGAUUACAGUCAGUGGAAUGGAUCACUUUGCUCGUCCAGCUUCAGAAUUUGAGAAUGCAAACGGUGUGAUCUUGCUUCCAGAUAUCAGAAUCAUCAGCACAGUCACUAAGAUGGAAAAACGUCUGGAUAAGAACUCUGGCAAAAGUGCAAUGGUGUUGGAGGAAACUCUGCAUCAUUUGGAUUUCUGUGAUGUCUUGGUUAUGGGAGAUGAGCUGAACACCAAACAGGAAUGUCUGGAGCUGGAUCGCAGUACACUGCAAGGGAAACAUCUUGAUGCCACCAAUUCGACCAAGGGCUAUUCAAUCUAUGGUGUAGACACAAUGAAAAACUAUGAAGAGGUCCUGCAGCAAAUCCGCUAUCGUCACUGGGAUUCUGCUGCUAUCUUUGGCCGAAAGUUCAAAGUCAAGUGCUCUGAAUUAAAUGGGCGUUAUACAAGUAAUGAAUUUAAUCUUGAGGUUAAUAUUUUGCACAAUACAAAUUAUAUGGAGCAUGUAAAUCACAUGGUGAUUCAGCCGCAGUUCAUGCCAUCUCUUCAGGAUCCAAACACUGAAGUGUUGGGACACGAAAGUCGAGUCUCUCCAGGUGCUACAACAAUUGUCCUUGUCGCUUGUAUCAGUAUUUUGGUGAUUAUUGUUGUACUGGGAAUCUUCAGAUUGCGAGCAGUUCACCAACAGGACUUUCCAGAAAAAGAGACAACAAAGGACACUGAAAUGGACUGGGAUGAUUCUGCUUUAACUAUCACAGUUAACCCAAUGGAGAAAUAUGAGACAAAUGUGGCAGGCGAAGGUGAAAGUGAAGAAGAGGAAGAGGUGGAAGAUGAGGACGAUGAUGAAGAGGAGGAAGAAGAGAGCACAAGUGGUGACUCUGAGGACAGUGAUGAAGAGGAAGACAACCAGGCAAACUUAAAGCAGAACAGCGCGGCACGAAGAGGGCACUUGGAAUGGAAUCAGUUAACACUUACUUACUAA